AUCUACAUUUUUCUCGAGAUGAACAGACUUAAUUUGGAUCUCUCGUGUUCAAGAUAUUAUUGCAACGGUUCAGUUUCAUUUUGGCUACAAUGGCGAACGCCAAACCUUGCAAGAGCAAAGUUCAAGAUAAGGUUGCCAUCGUCACCGGAGGUGCCAGUGGCAUUGGCGAGGCUACAGUGCUUGCCUUUGUUGAGAAUGGCGCCCGAGGAGUGGUGAUCGCUGAUAUCCAAGAUGAAAAAGGCCAGAAGCUCGCAGAAUCCAUCGGAACCAACAGAUCCACUUACAUCCACUGCGACGUAACCGAUGAAAACCAGGUCAAAUCCCUUGUAGAAUCUACUGUUCAACUCUAUGGUCAGCUUGAUAUCGUAUUCUGCAAUGCAGGCAUCAUGAGCUUUGGUAAGCAAACUGUUCUAGACUUCGACCUGGACUCAUACGACAAACUCUUCGUAAUAAACGUUCGUGGCGUAGCAGCAUGCCUAAAGCACGCGGCGCGUGCUAUGGUGGAAGGAGGUAUAAAGGGCAGCAUCAUUUGCACAGCAAGUGUCAUUGCGAGUCUUGCAAGGGGCAUGCAUACAGACUAUAUCAUGUCCAAGAGUGGGGUGCUAGCGUUGAUGAAAUGCGCAAGUUAUCAAUUGAGUGAGCAUGGGAUACGUGUGAAUUGUGUGUCUCCAGGGCCGGUGGCAACACCUCUGGCGUGCAAGAAAAUGAACAUGGGAGUGGAGGAGGCGGAGAAGGCUUUUGAGCCGCAUUACUGCUUGAAAGGGGUGUUGAAAGCGAAGCAUGUAGCGGAUGCUGUGUUGUUUCUUGCUUCUGAGGAUUCUGAGUUCGUGACUGGCCAUAAUCUGGUGGUAGAUGGUGGGUAUAAUUUUCGAGGUACUGUCAAAUAUGAUCUUGGAGGAGAGAUCACAAACACUUGAGCAAUCGCGUUCCGAGUCUGGUGGAAGCUUCGGUCAUGUCAGAUUUAGUUUUCUGGGAAAAAUCAAAUGUACCUCCUAAUUGAUGUGGGAUUUGUACUAGCUCUUAAUUAUGUGUAUGACCCCGUAUUGUUGGAAUGGUUAGGAUUCGAUCAGGAGGUAGAUAUUGUUAAGCUUCCAAUCGAGAUUUAAUAACAUGUUAUUUAAUUAUGGUUCGAA